AGCCGAGCACUGUAACGCUGCUGCUGUACUGGCGAGGAGAACAGCGAUAUACGGGCUGGCUUGCUCACUUUCAGUGCUUCAGACAUGGACCAAGACAACAGUUCAGAGGAUGAGUCAGUCAGCCCAUCGGAGGACGCAUCAGAAGAGGAACUACCUUGUCUACCUUCCAGGCAAACGGACGGUGAAACGAUGGAGCUGCUUUGGCAGUUGCGAUCCCAGCGCCGCCAGUCGUCCCCUGAGCUCCCGGAGACAGUGACCCGGCUCACUGCCCCUGAUGGCAGCGUCCUGUACCUGGUGGGCACGGCCCACUUCAGUGACAGCAGCAAAAAGGAUGUGGCCAUGACAAUCCGCGCGGUGCAGCCAGACGUGGUGGUGGUGGAGCUGUGCCAGUACAGGGUGUCCAUGCUGAAGAUGGACGAGAACACCCUGCUGAAGGAAGCCAAAGACAUCAGCCUGGAAAAGGUUCAGCAGGCCAUUAAACAGAAUGGGCUGAUGUCCGGCCUCAUGCAGAUUCUCCUGCUCAAAGUUUCAGCUCACAUCACAGAGCAACUGGGCAUGGCACCUGGAGGAGAGUUCAGGGAGGCCUUCAAAGAGGCUGGACAAGUACCGUUCUGUAAAUUUCACCUCGGGGACCGGCCGAUCCCUGUGACGUUCAAGAGAGCCAUUGCAGCGCUCAGUUUGUGGCAGAAGGCCCGUCUGGCGUGGGGUCUUUGUUUUCUGUCGGAUCCAAUCAGUAAAGAAGACGUAGAGAAGUGCAAACAGAAGGACCUGCUGGAACAGACCAUGUCGGAGAUGAUCGGCGAGUUUCCCGCUCUCCACCAGACCAUCGUGGCCGAAAGAGACAUCUACCUCACGCACACCCUCCGCCAGGCGACGCGCUGCGUGGAGCCCCCCCAUAAUGCUCAGAAAGUGCCUGCUGUGGUGGUGGGAGUCGUCGGGAUGGGUCACGUCCCUGGCAUAGAAAAAAACUGGGAGAAAGAGCUCGACAUACAUGAAAUCAUGAUCGUUGCUCCUCCCUCACGUUUCGGCUGGGUGCUUCGCACGGCCGUGAAGGGUGUCGUGGUGGGAGUGCUGGGAUAUGCCUGCUAUCGUGCUGGAGGGAGUCUAGGUAGAGCCUUCCUGUCUUUACCUGCAGUCCAAUCUUUACUGGAGACUCUGCGGCCGCCCUCUGCUCUCAGCCAACAGUGACUCCACCUUUGACUAUUGAAACGAUGCAUUUUUCACCAGUAGCCUUAAAAAACGGAGGUGAGGCCGGAGGAAAGGUUUCACCAGUCCAUACUCUGAACUAACGAGGAUUUCAGGGGGUCAGAGCCUCCCGGCUCGCAUGUCCUGCAGAUGCAGCAGGACUAUACUGCCAAAUAAACCACGACAGUAUUCAUGGCUUUUCUUCCAGAUUUUGGGAAAAUCCUGCAUUUUGUAAGUUGUACAAAUGCCAAUAAUAUCUUUUGAAUGCAUUUCUAACUCCCCCACCUAAACUUUAAAUGAAUACAUUUGUCAUCAGAAUCAUCUUCAGUCACAUUUCCUGACGUGACCGAGUCAUUUCCCAAGAGGCGCUAACCUCGUAUUCUUUCCUCCUUUCUGGUGCCUGACAGCAAUUUUGGGAAUUGGCCCAUUUCAAGUCCAGCACUUUAUAAAAGAGUCUUGUUCUGUAUAUGCGGCCUAUGGAUGGGGACAAGAAAGUACAAGUCGGUCACUAUUCUACAAUCACUAAAUACAAUCUAGGAAUAAUCUUGGUGCAUGGAGAAACCCUGAUAUGAGAUAAAUAUUGGAAUUCGAAGGCUAAUCGUCUUCUUCUUAAACAAAAGCUUCUAUUUGAAAUGCAAAUUGUUUCAUAUGUACAUAAGACAAAAGCAUUUCCCAUGUGCACGGUCCUGUCCACAUCAACAUACAAGUGCCUCAUGUGGCAGCUGUAAGGGCUCAUGGUGAACUUAAUGGAAUGCCAGAAAUAUGUAUAUGCAUAUUACACAUACCACAACCAAAUGGUCAAUGCAAUUUUCUAUUAUUCUAUCUUUAUGUCAUUCUAUGAUGGACUUAAAAAAAAUAUAUAAAUACUUUUCCCCUUAAACUUGCCCAUCUACUUUGUGUUGGCUUCUGUUAAAAUGACGCCAUAGCCCCUUCAUUUUGUUGAUCGUUCAUCAGAGAUGUGACGCAGGCUCAAUUUGCCUCAGGAUGAGCAAUGCAUUUGUCUUGUAUAGUUAAAUGUAUCUCCAGUCUAACGCAUCCUUAUGCAUUGACUUGAACUCCAUCUGUGAGUAAGUUGUUUAUACUUGAACCACAAAAAUAUGCAUCUUGUACGGAAAGACAUCUCAGAAACCUCCACACAAGAACAUCUGUAAUUCACCGCACCAGCUGUUUGUACUUUUAUGAUAUAUCUGCAUUAUCACUUGCCAGUUGAAUUGUUGCAUUGGACAGAGAUGAUGGAAAAGUAAUUGGUUUGUUUCCUUCUGAGUAUUGUAAUUAUGUCUCAGCAGAACUUUGUGAUGAGCUUGUUUUGACUUCUGUGACACAAAGAGUUAAGUUUAAGUUAGUCGGAGUUUGGAGGUGAAGCCUUACUCUGCUCUCCCUGCUGCCUUUGACCCUCAGAUGACCAACACUGACCUGUAGCCACAGUACAGAGCUUCUUAUUGCACGUGUAAAAAAACAGAGAGACAUCCCGGGAGCUUUGUGUAAGAUGACUCAACAAAUCAAACAUUCUGAACCAGCCUUUGACCAACAUGAUUUUCCAAGCAUUACUUUUCUUAGUUUUGAGUGGUUUUAUGUACAGUACUGGAAUUAUUCUGAUUUAAUUAUCAACUAUGAGAGCUAUGACAGUAGAUCCGUUGUCUUUUGUUUGUGAAAUGGUCUAAUAGAAUAAUAUUUGACCUGAGUAAAAGAAGCAUUACCACACACAAAGUCAUCCACACAUCAAACCAACUCGGAUAAUCUGUCUUCCAAUUGAUGAACCAUGUAACUUGCUUGAGAAAUGAGGAUGUUGGGUACCGCUGUUGUCAUGUCCCUCAGCAGUAUGGCACAUUCUAGCUUGAACAAUUCAAUUCAAUUCAGUUUAUUUGUAUAGCCCAAUUUCACAAAUUACAAAUUUGUCUCGGAGUGCUUUACAAUCUGUACACACAGACAUCCCUGCCCCAAAACCUCACAUCGGAUCAGGAAAAACUCCCAAAUAACCCUUCAGGGGGAAAAAAAGGGAAGAAACCUUCAGGAGAGCAACAGAGGAGGAUCCCUCUCCAGGAUGGACAGAUGCAAUAGAUGUCAUGUGUACAGAAGGACAGAUUUAGAAUUAAAAUACAUUCAAUGAAUAUGACAGUGUAUGAAUAGUUCAUAGUAGGCAUAUUCCACGAUGGAGACCUCCACGAUCCAUCAGGCAGAUGGCGGUGGGGAGGAGGAGUGGGCGGAGUCUCAACAGUGGGCGGAGUCUCAACAGGACAGUGGCGUAGUCGGUAGCAGGAAUUCCACGACCCAGACCUCGAUGAUCCAUCAGCAGAUAGGAUCUAUGUCGUCUCAUAGGGUCCGAUGACCCCAUGAGAUGUGAAGUCAAAAGGACUCCGGGGAGAAAGCAGAGUUAGUAAUGUGUGAUGGAGAGAUGAAAAUUCAUCCAUAAGGAGAGAAAAAAAGAGGAGAUAGGUGCUCAGUGCAUCCUAAACGUCCCCCGGCAGCUAUAAGCCUAUAGCAGCAUCUCAAGGGGCUGGACCUGGUGAACCUGAUUCAGCACUAACUAUAAGCUCUGUCAAAGAGGAAGGUCUUAAGUCUACUCUUAAACGAGGUGACUGUGUCUGCCUCCCGGACUGAAAUUGGAAGCUGGUUCCAUAAAAGAGGAGCUUGAUAACUAAAGGCUCAUUAUGUGUCAACAUUAUGUGUCUGUAUUGUAUGUUGGAGAAUUGCCAAAAGAAAACUAUGAAUGCCGGUAUUUACUGCAGGAUUUGUUUCCCUUUGUCCUUGUGUGGUUUUGUCAUCAUCACCAAACAUUAAAUCCUAACUUCUGUAAUGAAUUAUGAAACAGUUUUAAGUAAAGAUAAACUCUAUUUACCUCA